ACCGCUCUUCGCGAGAAGGAGAAGGGAAACUGGAAAGAGCUGACCGUCGAUGAGAAAAAGAAGUUGUAUCGGUACAGCUUCUGUCGGACGUACGCCGAGAUGGAGGCGCCAACCGGCGAGUGGAAGUCCAUCACCGCCGGAGUGCUGGCGAUCGUGGCCUCUGCCUUCUGGCUCUAUGUGUUGCUCAAGAAAUACGUGUAUGGGCCGAUGCCUGAGUCCACUUCCCUGGAGUGGCGUAAGAAGCAGAGGGAUUGGAUGAUACUGUGGAAAGUGAACCCAAUUGAAGGCAUUUCAUCCAAAUAUGACUACGAGAACAACAAAUGGAAGGAUUAGCCGAAGACUCGACUCAAUGAAAGCAGAGCUAAAGAUAUUAAUUAAUUGUUUUCUGUAUGUCUGUAAUAAUCCUUAUAUGAGUUCCACUUAUUUGACUCUAUGUUACGAAUAAAUGUAUUGUUAUUUUAGUUAUAAUAAUAAGUAGUAAUUGAAACAAAAGCCGUUUUUAUCACAAAAACGUAUUUCACUUAAAGCUCACACUUUUGAUUAGAUAAGAGCAUUACUACCAUUAAAUGCAAAGUUAGAUAUAUUAUUGAAAAUUAAUUUUUAAUUAAUUAUUUAAAUAUGUUUUUAUUUGAAUGGAGAAUAAAUAAAUACGAAUAUUUGAAAUUGUCUAAUAAAUA